AUGAAAAACUGGAGCACAUAUGAAGCGAUUGCUGCUGGGUCGAUAACAGUAUCUGUCGUAUCUGUACUGAUUCUUGCCGUCAUUACUCCUUCAUUACUGAUAAAGUCUUUCAAUGAAGCUCAUAAUAUCGACUUUAGGGCAAAGAAGUACAAGGAGGAUACGACUCGAAUCUGGAGAGAGCUUCGACUUCUCAUAGACACUGAAAAGAGUAGUGGAGAACCAAUAUUCUUUUCAAGAUCAAGAAGAGCUCCAUGGUCAGCAGGGCGUAUAGAAGGGUGUAUAGGGUGCAACGCAUUAACGUGCCCGCAGGGAUUACCUGGUGCUCCUGGAGAUUCCGGUGAGGACGGCCUUCCCGGGUUGCCAGGCAAUCCUGGACCAGCCGGAAAUGAUGGCUUCGAUGUGGAAUUAACACCUGAGGACGAUCUGCCAUGCACAAUUUGUCCCAGUGGUCCACCCGGACCAAGAGGACCACAAGGUGAGAGAGGAAUGCCUGGAUUCCCAGGACUUCGUGGAGAUGCAGGUGCUCCAGGAAAUCCUGGAGUGGAUGGACCAACGGGUCUGGAAGGAUACCCUGGCCCACCUGGCGAGGAUGGUCCUAUGGGUAGCACUGGCCAACCAGGAGAUACGGUCAUAGCAGGUGUUGGAAUCAAGGGUCCUCAUGGACCUCCUGGACCAGUAGGUAUGAAAGGAAAACCUGGGCCCGCAGGGAAAGCAGCAAAAGAGAUGGGAGCGGCGGGUCUUCCUGGAGAGCCGGGCGAAUCUGGACCUGCAGGAAACAUGGGAAAACCUGGAGAUGAAGGACCAUAUGGACCACCAGGAGAUCCAGGUAUGCCUGCUUCAUACUGCCCUUCGGACUGCGGUGUAUCUCACAUUGUUGCACCUGUACAUGAAAUGAGAAAAGAAGACAACUAUGUUCAAGACUACAGGCGAAAAUUCAGUUAA